AUGAGAAUGUUAAGAUCAGAAGAACAAAUUCAUAUCAUUGAUAGUAAAGUGACUGUUGAAGAAAUUAUGAAGGAUAUAGUUAGCAAAAAUGUCAUAUCAGAUCCAUUCUAUAUAUUUGAUAUUGGUGAUCUUGUGAAUAAAGCAAUAAUUUGGCAGCAAAUAUUCCCACGUGUAAAACCUUUUUAUGCUGUGAAAAGUAACGACAGUUCCCUCGUACUAGAAAUUUUGGCAGCGUCUGGAAUAAAUUUUGAUUGUGCUUCCAAAGCCGAGAUAAAAAAAGUUUUGGACUUGGGAGUGAAUCCGUCACGUAUAAUAUUUGCUAAUCCGGCAAAAAUGGCUUCACAUAUAAAAUAUGCCAUGAGGAAAUGCGUUGAUCUGACAACAUUUGAUAAUAAACUGGAACUGUACAAAAUUAAAUCAUUACAUCCAUCUUGCAACUUGGUUAUACGAAUUCGUUGUGAUGCAACUGAAGCACAGUGCCCACUUGGUAUCAAAUAUGGGUGUGAUCCUCUAACCGAAGCACCAUCAUUAAUGGCAUUGGCUGGUGAUUUAGGUUUGUCUGUAGUUGGAGUGAGCUUUCAUAUUGGUUCAGGAUGCAAUGAACCAGCUGCCUUUCAAAGAGCUAUUGCUGCUUCAGCAGGUAUUUUCCAACUUGCUCAGGAGUUGGGUUUUAAGAAUAUGCACUUGUUGAACAUUGGUGGAGGAUUUCCUGGAAAUAAAAACACUUCAUUGAACAAAAUUGCAAAUAUAGUGAAUGAUGCACUUAAUGAAUGGUUCCCUCCAAAUAAUGGAGUGACUAUCAUAGCAGAACCUGGUAGAUAUUUUGUAGCUUCAGCAUUUACACUCGCUACAAAAAUCCAUUCUAUUAAAAAACGUUCAAAUGAUGAAAGUCAUAUCAUGUAUUUCAUCAACGAUGGAGUGUAUGGUUCUUUCAGUAGUAUUCUUUAUGAUCACUCAGUUGUUGUGCCCAAAUCUUUAUAUGAUUAUUCGAGAAGUCGUCCAAUUUGUGAGAGUUCCAUCUGGGGACCUACUUGUGAUGGUUUAGAUAAAGUAGUUGAUCUUGUGAACAUGCCACUGUUGAAAAUGGAUGAAUGGAUUACUUUUGAAAACAUGGGAGCUUAUACAAUACCUGUAGCUAGCACAUUUAAUGGAUUCCCCCUUCCCAAGGUCUUUGCUGUCGCUAAUCAAAUAAUUUGGAAUAAGUUGAAAAAUACAAUGCCUAUAUCUGAGGACCAUUUCACAACCGUGCCUAUUGUUGCAACUAUCAAAAUGAUACAAUCAGAAUCUAUUGAAGAUGAUGCAUGUGAUGAAAACAAUUUUAAAUGUACUCAAUAA